AUGGAAAUCGGCUGCUCUUCCUCCUCGCAGUGUUGUACUCUGAUAUCAAAAUGCACGGUGUUUCCCGACAAAAAGUCCACACUAGGAGACCUCAAGCUCUCCGUCUCAGACCUCCCCAUGCUCUCCGUCCACUACAUCCAAAAGGGCGGCCUCUUCACUUCCCCUCCCAUUUCCAUCGAAUCCCUCGUCGCUCUCCUCAAGAGCGGUCUCUCUCAAGCACUUUCCCACUUCCCGCCUCUCGCCGGCCGAUUAAGGACCGACUCCAAUGGCUACGUGUACAUCACGAGCAACGACGAAGGAGUGGAGUUUAUCCACGCCACUGCCACCAAGUUGUACAUUUGCGACAUUUUGGCUCCGCCCGAUGUGCCUGACUGUGUCAAGGAGUUCUUUGCGCUCGAUCGAACCGUGAGCUACGACGGCCAUUUCAAGCCCAUCUUGGUUGUGCAGAUCACAGAGCUCGCCGACGGUAUUUUCAUCGGCUGCACUGUGAACCACGCGGUUACCGACGGCACGUCGUUUUGGAACUUCUUCAACACCUUCGCUGAGAAGUCUCGUGGGGUGAAGAGCAUCUCGAAGCAACCGGACUUUACCCGGAGCUCUCGGUUGAUUUCGCCGGUGGUGCUGCAAUUACCGAAGAGCGGUCCCAAGGUCUCCUUCUCCGUCAACGAGCCGUUGAGGGAAAGAAUCUUUAGCUUCAGCGGGGAAGCGAUUAAAAAGCUGAAAGCCAGGACGAACAAAAACAAAACCGUGGAAAUCUCAUCGUUUCAGUCCCUAUCCGCGCUUCUCUGGCGAUCGGUGACACGCGCGAGGAAAUUGCCGUCUACCAAAAUGACGACGUUCAGAAUGGCGGUGAAUUGUCGCCACAGGCUGGAGCCCAAGCUGGAUCCGUAUUACUUCGGGAACGCGAUUCAAAGCAUUCCAACUCUUGCGUCAGCUGGUGACGUGUUGUCUCGUGAUCUGCGCUGGUGCGCUGAGCAGCUCAAUAAAAAUGUGAUGGCCCAUGACAACGCUACGGUGCGCCGCUUCGUAGAGAAUUGGGAGAGCGAUCCAAAGUGUUUCCCGCUGGGGAACUUCGACGGUGCAUCGAUGACCAUGGGUAGCUCUCCGAGAUUUCCGAUGUACGACAAUGAUUUCGGGUGGGGCCGACCCUUGGCAGUCCGGAGCGGUAGAGCCAACAAAUUUGACGGUAAGAUCUCGGCCUUCCCGGGGAGAGAAGGCGAAGGAAGCGUAGAUCUUGAAGUGAUUUUGGCGGCCGAGACCAUGGCGGGGCUUGGGGCCGAUUCAGAGUUCAUGCAAUACGUGUCCAAAUAA